UUACGAAGUUUUCUUAUGGCAGAAGUGCAUAUUAUUGGCGAAAUUUCACAUGCCAAAGAUUUUCCGAAGCCGGAGCUUUUCUGCAAGUGGCACCUGCAAUUCGGAAAUAACUGGAAACUUAUUUCUGGUAAAAAAGAAGGGCAAACGCAAGUAACCUGGUCAACUUUCGAAAACAUAAGCCGAUGGUCCUUUCCAAUUGACAUCCACCUAGCGACUGCCGGAAUACAAGGCUGGCCAAAGAUCUACGUCCAAGUCUAUCACCUCGACUGGCUGGGCAGAGCUCACCUCUUCGGCUACGGAGUGAUUACGGUGCCAACGAGUCCGGGUACUCACCUGGUCGACUGUUAUACGUGGAGACCCCUCGGUACCUUGAGACAACGAUUUGUUCAAUAUUUUCUCGGUGGAGGGUUACAACUGAAAUAUCCAGAUGUGAUAUUUUCCUCCGGUGAUCGAUAUAAAUUGUCCACGGAGGCUAUGGGAGUUGUGUCCUUUAAUCUGUCGGUCAUACUGAGGAAUUUUACAAAUUACGGUGUGGAGUAUCAGUAG